UUGAUAAUAAUGGUGGUUUUCACGUGCAAUCACUGUGGCGAGAGUCUCCAAAAACCACGUGUUGAGAAACACUACAGUUUUCAGUGCCGGAGGCCGAAGUCACUGACUUGUGUUGAUUGUUUUAAGGAUUUUAAGAAUGAAGAAUAUGCAGUUCACACUAAAUGUAUCACAGAGGAGGAAAGGUACGCAGCUAAGGGCUCAAUUCCUGGUGGGAUUGUUAAAAAAGGGGAAGUGAAACAGGAAUCGUGGACCGACAUGAUCAAGUCCAUUGUGGACACGGAAACUAGUAUGAAACCGUCUCUGAGAAAUUUAUUUAAGACAAUUUCAAACUACACGAAUGUUCCAAGGAAAAAAGUCAAGUUUAUUAAUUUUUUGAAAAGCUCCACCGGAGGUAGAGUCAAUUUUGACGACAUUGAAGCUGCCUGGGGCUUGAUUGAGAAACACAAAAACGAACAAAGUAAAAAUAACCAACAAGAGAAUGGAACUAAACAUAAAUUGAACGGCGAUUGUGGCGAAGCGCCCGUUAACAAGAAGAUAAAGACAGGGGAAGAAGUCGAAGAUAAUAAAACUAGUGAGGAUGAUGUAUUUAGUUUCAAGGGAACAAUUUUAAGAAUUCUGAGUGUAAAAGGCAGUAUUUCGUGUAAGAAGUUGCAAAAGAAGGUUCUCAACGCAUAUGUGAAGGAAACAGGGUGCGAACACACCGAAAAGACAGUCAAGAAGUACAACAAAAAAUUGAAGAAAUUACCGAAUGUUGUGAUAAAUGACGAUGUUGUCUCACUGGUGACGAAUGAGCAAUAAACAAUUCCAAAUCA